AUGUUGCCAUCAUCAACGAUCAAUAAACGACAACGAAAAUCCAAAAAUCAACCACCACCACCGAAAAUAUUGGAAAAACUGAAACGAAAUUAUCAUCAAAAUUAUCAUGAAUCACCAUCAUCAUCAUCAUCGGCUACAAAUACAAAGAAAUCAUCAUUAUUAUCAUCAUUAUUGAUUCCUAUACUAAUAUUCAUUCUAAGUGUUGGUAUUGGUUUUUUUGGUUUUUCAUUAUUCAUCAUUUCAUCCGAUAAACAAUUAACAUUUAUUCCAUUCGGUCCUAAUCAAACAUUUCCAAUCUAUGAUAUAUUUCAAUCAUCAUCACCAUCACAACCAUAUUGGAGUAGUUUAAAUCCGGGACAUUAUUUUGCUCUACAAUCAUCGAAACCAAAUUCAACAUUAAUUAGUUUUAUGUGGUUUCGACAGAAACUCAAUCAAAAUGAUGGUGGCCUUUCCAUUCGACAUCUUUGCCGACAAGAUGAUCAACUUGAUACAUAUUAUUGGAAUUAUAAUGAUUUACAUAAUUUUGGUCAUCAAACUUUAAUCGAUAAAAAUCUACAUAUAAAUACCAGUUUCAUUCGAUUAACCAAUAAUGAUGAGGAUGAUGUUACUCUUAUUUCACGAAUUUCAAUUAUCGAUUUGUUUCGUACAAACGAAUUGAAUUCAAUUAUUUUAUAUGUGGCUGCCGAAAAUCAUAAUGAUAAUCUAACAUUAUUUCAAGAUGAUAAUAAACGUAUUUGGAUCAAAGUAGAAAGUCAACAAUCAGGAAAUUAUCAUGUAAAUUUUCAAAUCAAUAAAGGUGAUCAAGUUUUACAAAGUUUCCUAACGACAAAUUCAACAUUAGAUCGUUUGGAACAAACAUUGAAAUCACAUUUAUUUUUCUACAAACAUGAAGGUCGUACCUUGUUUGUUAUUUCUAAUUCGGAGCAGGAAAAUCUGUAUCGAUCAAAUUUUAUUGCAUAUCAAGUGAUUUUCAAUCAAUCAAUCGAAAUUGAUAUAUCAAUGUUUUUCAACGAUGAUACUUCAGCAGCAACAGCCAAAAUGAUGACCAAAGAUGAUUUUGAUUAUGAUAAGGAAAUGGAAAAACGUCAACAAAACUUUCGAGAAAAUUUUGAUCAAAAAUUUAAUCUCGGUCAUAAUUUUUCCGAAGAAAAAAUUCAAUUCGCUCGAACAAUAUUGAGUAAUGCAAUCGGUAGUAUUGGCUAUUAUUAUGGAUAUUCGUUAGUCGAUUCAGAACAAUUACCUAUAGCUCGUCCUUAUGGACCGAUUCAAUUGUUGGCUGUUGCACCUUCUAGAUCGGUAUUUCCACGCGGUUUUCUUUGGGAUGAAGGAUUUCAACAAUUAUUGAUUAGCCGUUGGGAUCCAAAACUUUCGAUGGCAAUCAUAAAAAGUUGGUUUUCAUUGAUGAAUGAAAACGGUUGGAUACCACGUGAAGUAAUACUUGGUGAUGAAGCAAAAUCACGUGUGCCAAAUGAAUUUCUUGUUCAACAUUCUUCCAAUGCAAAUCCACCAUCAUUAUUGUUUUCCAUUGAAUCAUUAAUUGAUAGGAAACAAUUUGAUCGUGAUUGGCUUAAAGAAAUUUAUCCACGAUUAUCUCGUUGGUAUCAAUGGUUUAAUACAACUCAAACUGGUCCGUCUAAAUUUCCAUUCACAUUUCGAUGGCGUGGUCGAAAUUCAACAACAACAUUCGAAUUAAAUCCAAAAACAUUGGCUUCCGGUUUGGAUGAUUAUCCACGCGCUACACAUCCAAAUGAUGAUGAAAUUCAUUUAGAUCUUCGUUGUUGGAUGGCAUUAGCUUCACGAUUAAUGUCAAAAAUUAGUAAAGUACUUGAAAUUAAUGAUAAAUAUGAAGAAUAUUAUCAAAUUCUUAGUGAUAAUUAUUUACUUGAAGAAUUACAUUGGUCAAAUGAAUAUCAAAUGUUUUGUGAUAAAGGAUUACAUUCGACUAAUGUUAGCCUUAAAAAAUUUCAUCGUGAUGAUCAUUAUUGGAUUGAACGUGUAGUACAUACAUCACCACAAUAUGAUUGUGUAGGCGAAUUUGGUUACAUAAGUCUUUUUCCAUUCAUAAUGACAUUACUUCAACCGGAUAAUCCUAAAUUAGAAACAAUACUAUCGAAUAUAGAAAAUCCGGAAAUUCUUUGGACACCAUAUGGAUUACGAUCAUUAUCACGGAAUAGUUCAUAUUAUAAAAAAUAUAACACUGAACAUGAUCCACCAUAUUGGCGUGGAACAAUAUGGAUCAAUAUGAAUUAUUUAGUGUUAAAAGCAUUAACACAUUAUUCAAAAAUAUCUGGACCAUAUCAAAUUAAAGCUCAACAAAUACAUUUACGUUUGAAAGAGAAUCUAGUCCAGGCUAUACAUACAGAAUUUAUACGUACGGGUUAUGUUUGGGAACAAUAUCAAGAUGAUAAUGGUUAUGGACGUGGUGCACAUCCAUUCACUGGUUGGACAUCAUUAAUCGUAUUGAUUAUGGCUGAUGAUUGAUUCAGAUUUCGAAGAUCUCAAAUUCCAUCUCUCUCUCUCUUUCCUUUUUUUCUAUAAAAUUUCAUUAUUCCAUUUCUGUGUUCCAAAUAUAGAAAAAAACCGGCUGCAAUCAUUGUUUGAGAUAAUAAUAA